UCUUUCUCGCGCACAUGGCGUUGAAGGCUUCACAGGUGUUUUCGUAGGUCUCAGGAGCAGAACCAUCGAGAUUUGUGCAGCAAACUGGCUCCUUAACAUCCGCACACACUCUUUCCUCGCACUUGUCCAGACUUUCUGCAUCGCAAGGUCCGUUUGUCAUAGAUUCACAUCCUAGAAGGGAAGUUCUAGAUUAGACAAUUUCUUUCAGGUUUUGUGAUGUUAAAGUUACUCGUUUUCUUCUUGCAAUUCGUGAUGUCGGCAUUGCAAGCAUUGCUGAAGGUUUUGAAGGUUCCUUGGUCAUAAGAACAACAGACAGGAGAGUAAUUAGCCGUGCAGAAAUCACCACAUUCCUGAGUUUCUUGACCUGAGAACACAUGAUUCCACUUAUUACUCAAUUACUCCAAACACAUGAUUGUCUUUUUGUUACCAAGCGUGAGCGCAAGAAGAGCGAAAAAGCACAUGAAAGCUAUCAUUGUCACUGGAUAACUGACGGAAAAUAGUGUGAUUUUUAGCUUUUAUAGUGGCUGAAACUCUGAAUUGGGGAAUUCCCUGAUGAGCUUCAAGCAAUAAUGAUUUAUUUGAGCAAGUUUGGCGGCCAAGAAAGGCAAAUAUAUAGUUAUGCUAAUGAAACCACUGAAACUGAAAAUUCUUCUUAAUUUUUUUUUAAAGUGAAUUCUGAAAGAAACUCACUUCUUAGCAUGAUAAAUAUAGGUUAAGGAGUUAAGAUUACUCGUGCAGAUUGAUAAAGACUACGAUAUCUGUAUUUUUGAGUGCAAUAAACUCUGAAAGUCAAGGUUGAUUGAUUGGCAAAUUCGCACAAGAUGUGUAGAAUUGGGGAAGAAAUAAUAAAGAUUUCGUGUUUAGACUGGUCUAUAAAGUAGGAAGAAUAAUAAAAAAUUUAUGAUGCAUACAUAUUCUUCAUAAUUAAACAUAAACAAGGUAAAGAAAAAAAGCUCUAUAAAUGCUUUUAACUUUGGCCUUUUUGAUAAGGGAAAAAAACUCAAGUAAAUAUGCUGCAUUUGAGUGCCAACUCUUGACGCAAAACAAACACUCAUCGUGAUGACCAGAUUGUGGGACAUUCAUGUAAUCCUCAAGGAUGUUUCGUAUGGGCAAAUAUUUUCUCUCAGUGCAGCGAAACUAGCAUUUCACUGAACGACAGACGGCAGAAUGCGAUGUCUUUACGUGAAUUCCUUCUUGUUUGCCUUUUUUUUGCCUGUGAAUCUGGAAUAACAUUAUAAGAAAUUAUGAUGAAUAUAUUCAGGAAGUGAGAACGGGUAAACACGGAGUCUGGUGCGAAAUCUCGAUCACCUUGAUUAAAUGCCUGACGAGAUUGACAAAUUAUACGGAAUAAAGUUCUACACUGCGUGAUCGUGAGAAUGUUUUUCCCGCCAACGAGCGCAUUUGAACUUUCUACCGCGGAAGAUCACAUCACACGCAUCGGAAGUCGCGCCCGUUGAAAGUGGGUCAAGUUUGCACAUGAUCAUGUUGUGGCGCGAUAAUGUGCCAUUUUUUUUCUCGACCUUAUCGUCCGCCUGGGCAGGACAGCGCGAGAAAAAAUUGGAGCACCAUCAGAGCGAUCAUACAGUAUGAUCAUACAAUGAUCGCCAGCUGCUGAUCUGCGCGAUGCAGGCAUUCAUUAGCCUCGAAUGCAUGUUGCACAAUUUUCCGCAAAUAGGCAAUUUCAGCGGCUAGUCAUGGAAUUCGGUGGAUUGUUGACGAAGAUUGCAAAAUUCACUUCCACUCUCGAUCGUGAUCAACAAGAGGAUCAUUGAGCAAUUGGGCGAGUCGCCUGAGGAAGUGGACCUAAAUUGGUUGUCUUGUCGCGCGCUCUGUAACAACUUUACAAUUCUUUUUUCCUCUCUGCUCUUGCCAUAGAGACCAGAAAUCUCGCCGUGGCACGAUCAUCUCACGAUCACACACCUUUGAAAACGCACUGGCUUGUGAAACGCACUUGGGUUUUUUUUUCUCUCUCGCAAACUCCGUGAAAAGCGACGAGUAUUUCUAUUAUUUGCACACUGUCGAUCAAACAAGUGGUGAUGCUUGAAAAUAGUGUCAACUUUCACCGUAAAUAGGCACUUGGUGGAGGAAUUUAGAAGUGGCGGUGAUCUUUUCUGAUGGAUUUCCGCUCAUUCUCGCGAUCAACAAGAUUAUCUUGUUUCUUGGGUGGAUUUUGCAACGUCUUGACGGGAUUUUCAUGGGGAAAAAAUCAAACGUGUUUGGGUUUUUCGCAUGCACUUCGCCACAGUCAAAGAACACGCAUGCCAAGAGUCAUCCGAUAAGUGGUAAUUUCCGAUGAUCCAUCCGUGUGAUGCCGUUCAAUUAGAGAGUCGAAAAGAAUUCUGGGAGAACCCUCACAUUUGCAUAAGCAAUCGCAGCAAUGUAAAAUUAUCGGGAUGAUGUGUAAUCUCUUCUGGAGCUCAGACCAAACAUUGUCACUUUUUGCACGCCCUCUUGGCCUAUUGCAAGUGUUUCUCUGAGAUUAGCUGUUGAUAGAGAGAUUCGAGCAUGUUUUCAAUGCUAAGGGAAAUUGGCGGAAUGCGAGAAAAAAAGCGUCUCUGCUUGUGUCAAAUGUCGCGACAAAACACAAGUUGAAACUGGAAAAUUAAUCCAAUAAUUGAUAGUUUUGCGCGACUUUGCAUUCUGAGUGCGAGAAAAUCCAAUUGAACCUUCAAGUGUGAAUUUUCUCGAAAGAGUCACAAACAGUUACAAAGGUGCUGAACAAUGUCAGGAGAAUGCAUUCUAUAAUGCUGAAACUGUUUCUCUGGCAGCUGACUUUGAGGACAAUCGCAGUCAAUUAGCGACAAACGGGUCAAUUUGCAAUUGCAAAUCAUGUUCAACAUCGAAUCAAAUGAAGUUGCGAGAGCGCAAACUGAAUGAAAAAAACAUCUGCUUCGAGACGUCGCGAAUUUGUGAGUGAUCGCGCAUGCGAUCAUAAAGCGUUUAUAAGAAAAAUAUGAAAAUAAAAAUAGGGAAAUAAUGGUUUUUAUCAUUGUGUAGUUUUUUUUGUGUAGCAACAUGAAAGCACGAUCGUAUUUUUAUUUGAUGUAAUGAUCCUCAAGUUGAAGAUCACUCGAUCACAGCUUGUUUUCCAUUUAACACAUUUUCUCAAUUAUCUCUUUGCAUAGAAUCACACUGAUAAAACAUGCAGAAUCAUCGUGAAUAAUACUAUGAAUUAAGAGGCAUUUGAAGCAUUUAAUAAUAAAAUAAAUGACGCGCGAUCACUCGGAAAAUCUCAUUCAUUCUCUUUAGUAAUUCUAUCCGACAAUCAUUGUGGAUUUUUCAUAUGAAUGUGCCAAGUACAUUGUACUUGAUAAAAUUGCUGAAAGCUAAUUAAUUAAAGCCCACAAAGUGUGGUGAAAAAAUAAAUAUCAUCUCGUCUCAUUAGAAAUUAAUUUACAAUUAUAAUAUAAUCGAUAAAUCACUUCCUCUCAAUUAACACCGUCAAUUGAGCACAUUCUUGACUGUGUAUUCUUGUGCAAUCCUCACGAGAUCUUAUCGCAUUCAGGUGAUUCUGGACAACCUGACGAUGGCGUCACGAUUUCGCGCUGUGAUCUUGAGAUUGACAUGAAAAUUUCUUAUGCAAAUGUAUCUCUAUAAUCUCCUUUUAAUCUCGACAAAAAUAUGGAUCUUCUCGCUAAUUUUCAACGUCUCUCUUCUCUCUGUUGUGUCCCCAGGAAUAUUGCAUGAUUGAUACGGUGAAUUUGCGUAGUUGAGCGUAGAAAAGCAUCUUGUGUGUGAAGAAGUACGUGGAAAAAAAAUGUUCAGAAAUAUAGAAUUUCAAGAGAUUGUCUACACAAUAAAGGAAAGGUGGCAAUUUGGAAAGACGAGGCAGAAGAGAUGCCUUCUCAAGGGUGUCACCGGCUUCUUCCCGCAGGGACAACUCACGGGCAUCAUGGGUCCGUCAGGAGCGGGCAAGAGCAGUCUUCUGAACGCCAUUUCGGGCUUCAGAACGGACGGCGUGAAGGGUGCGAUUAAGAUCAAUCGGAAGGAAUCGUGCUACAUCACGCAGGAUGAUCUGCACCAGCCAUUGCUGACGGUGGAGGAGAUAAUGAGUGUGGCGUGCGAGCUGAAGAUGAAGAAUCCGGUGAACAAGAGCGUGCUGAUCGAUGACAUUCUGCGCAGUCUCAAUCUCACGGCCAGGCGCGGCAACACGGCCAAGCAGCUGAGCGGCGGCGAGAAGAGGCGCCUGUCCAUCGCCCUGGAGCUGGUGGCGAAUCCCUCGGUGCUCUUCCUGGACGAGCCCACGAGUGGCCUGGACGAAGUCACGGCCGCGCAGUGCGUGAGACUCCUCAGGGAGAUCACGAAGCAGGGCAAGACGAUCGUCUGCACGAUUCACCAGCCUUCGGGCGCCAUCCUGCGUCUCUUCGACCACAUGUACGUGCUGGCGAAGGGCGAGUGCGUCUAUCAAGGACCUCCACUGUCCAUCGUCCCUUUCAUGGCGUCGCGCGGCUACGAGUGCCCCAAACACUACAAUCCAUCCGAUUUCAUCAUUGAACUCUGUGAUGCCGAUAACGAUGUGAUCGCGAGUCUCUCUGAGGCCAUCGGCAAUGGGAAAUCCCUGGUGACGCCCGAGGCGGACAAGGAGGGCAACGCUGUCGGCUUCACGCUGAAGAAUGCCGUGACGUCGAUGGUGCUGGACACGACGUCGCCGCCGAGAUCGUCGAUACUGGAGAAGAUGAAGGCGCUGAAGCGCUUCGUGAAGAGUGACUAUGCGCACUCCAGCUUCCGGCAGUUCCUCGUGCUCACGCGCAUGAUGCACACGAAGAUCUACAGGAACAGAAUCGCGCUGGGCAUCCAGCUGUUCCACCAUCUCAUCUGUGGCUCCAUGCUGGGCCUGAUCUUCUUCAACUCCGCCAAUGACGGCGAACGCAUGUUCGACCACCUCAAGUUUAGUAUUGCGAUCGUGUUCUUUCUGUCCUACACGCAAAUCAUCGUUCCGGUUCUCAGCUAUCCCCUGGAGGUGAAGCUGGUGAAGAAGGAGUGCUUCAACCGAUGGUACGGCCUGACGCCGUACUAUCUGGCGCUCACGCUCUCUCGCAUUCCCUUGCAAGUCUUCUUCAACAUUCUCUUCCUGUCGCUCGUGUACUGGCUGCCCGGGCUGCCCAUGCAGCUCUGGCGCUUCGGGCUGUUCUCCUUCGUGGGCGUGAUCAUCUCGCUGGUGGCCGAAGGCCUCGGUCUCACCAUAGGCUCCACAUUCAGCAUCACGAACGGCUGCGCCACUGGCCCGAUGAUCUUGGCGCCGAUGCUCGGCCUGGCGAUCUACGGCUUCGACUUCGCCGCCGAGAUUCCGCUGCAGAUGUACGCGCUGAUGAAGCUGUCCUUCCUCCGGAUAGGCGUGGUGUCGAUCGUGCUGAUCACAUUCGGCUACAAUCGCGAGCAACUCGACUGCAACUACAUCUACUGUCACUUCGACGAUCCCAAGGUGCUGCUGCGCUAUCUCAGGAUCGAGGAAGUGUCGCUGUGGCACGAGCUGAUCUUCCUCUUUGGGCUCAUGAUCGUCUUCCGCGUGCUGCUGUACUUCAGCCUGCGCAAGAGGCUCAAGUGA